AUGGCCGAGAAAGUUGGCGGCCCUUCAGACCCUCCUUCACUUACCGCCGUCGCCGUCUCCUCCCUCAUCCUAGGUCUACUAGCAGGCUAUUUCAUUGGCUCGGGAUCCAGCAUUGGAAUUUUCGGCACUUCACCAACUUCAGCCGGCGCAGUCAAAAAGAGCUGGCCCAACAGUUACGAUGUUAAAGUCCAUGCAGACUCGAGCGACGAGGAGGCCGAUGACGAGGAAGAUGAAACGGAAGACCAAGAAGAGGACGACGAAGAAAGGGAUGGUAAAGAACUAGGCGAUUUUAGAGAUUCAAAUGAGGAAGUCAAGCUGGUGUUGGCGGUCCGUACGGAUUUAGGGAUGGGAAAAGGUAAAAUCGCCGCCCAAUGCUCACACGCCACACUCGCCUGCUACAAAUACCUCUUGUCGCAUCCUACAUCGGCACCUCUUUUGAAGAGAUGGGAACGUGGCGGCCAACCAAAAAUCGCCGUGCAGGUCAAGUCGGAAGAAGAAUUGGAAACUUUACAAGCCCAAGCUAUGAGUCUGGGUCUUUGUGCGAGAAUCAUUCAUGAUGCUGGCAGAACGCAGAUUGCGGCGGGGAGUGCGACUGUUUUGGGUGUUUUGGGGCCAAAGAGCGUGGUUGAUCGGGUUACAGGGGGUUUGAAAUUGUUGUGA